UUGCCACUCUUCCUAUUGUUGACAUCACCACCUGUCUAUGCUGUCGAAAUUGCAAGCAUCAGUCAUCAACCAAACUAUCAGCUUCUGAAAUGUUUUGAAUAUCAGAAGAACUACUGGCUAGUUGGCCAGGCAUUCCAUACAUCAUCUGUUCAGUUUAAAGAUGAAUGUCUUCGGUUGUGUUUAUCAUCAGUGUUGCGUGGUUCAAAAUGCUUAUCCGCCAUGCACAUUCCAGGAGACGAUCAGUGUGUUAUUUCCGACCAGAAUCAACUGACCCGUCCCGAUUUAUUUGUAGAAAACGACGUGGAUCAUUCGUUUACCGUGAAUUAUUUUAGAAACACUUGUGUUGACCCCCCAUACACAGGAGGAGGUCAUGUGCAAGCUAAGCUGAAAGGAUUCAAAGGUGGGCAAGGUUUGCUCGAACUGGUGCAAGCCAGAGGUCGUAACCCACAUGUAAUGCUGAUAGUUACGGGUCUGAAAGAGGAUACAUUAUAUCAAGUGAUCUAUGCUCCUACAGUAGAGUUGGCCUCGUGCUUCAGGGCCGAAUUCCAGAAAGAACAUCUUGAAGGAAGAACUCUUCUUACAGUUAGGACAGACAGAACGGGAAUGGCAAUUCAGCCAUGGCAUGAAAUUGAUUUCCACAUUCUUGAUGAUUCAAUCUUAGGACAGACAGUGUUGUUCGUAGAAAACAACACAACAUCAGUAUUGGACUGUGGUAAACUAGAAAUCAAAGGAAACUUAACUGAUUGGGAGCAAGCCAAAAAUCGAUCAUCCAACUCCUUGUUUUCUACUUUCAUUCUCAGUUUGAUAAUAUUUUCAGCUUUAGUGUUCAACUGA